GAAACAGCCAUUGAACGCUGACUUUGAGUGCGCGCUAAAUUCAAAGUCCUGCAUAAUCUAGACUUUUCAACUGAAAAAGUUACAAACAGUUAACUUUUUGGUGCCCCGUUGUACGUCAGCGACCUAAAUAGUUUGGGACUUUCCACAGCCGAUGUUUACGCACAGGGUAAGUGUUGUCUUAGGCUUAUUUAUGUGCAUAUCAAUAUCUGAAAGCGCAGCCAGCAUCCGCUGUUUCUCCUCCUGGAAGUGACCGGAUGUAUCCAGGUGGCACCGUGACUGCUUGAUGAGAUGGAGUGACAUUUCCAAUGGGUGGAACAGAACGUCUGUGGUUUCUUGCUAGUUUAUGGCAGGUAGCCCUGCUGACCUGUGAACAGCAUUUAAACCCUGUUGAGGUCGAAGUUGUAUUUCAGUCCUUCCCUUCCACUAAAUAUCCUGACACCUACACAGUCACCUGCAGUACUGCAAGCAACCAUCUGGUGUAUGUGGAGCCUAUUGAUCAUUCAGCAUGCUCCCCUGUCUGUAAAAUGUCUCUACGAUUGGUCGAGGACCUGAGAGGAUAUAACAUCACACUGAGAGCCAGCAGAAAUGACACUACACUUGAGGAAAAGACUUUUGACUUCAUUCCAGUCUCCCUGUCCUCCCUUCAUGUAUACAGCACUGCGACUACUGUCCUCCUGAAAUGGAAACUUCACAAACAACAAAGCCUAUCCACCUUGAGUCUAUACAACACGAACACACAAUCUGUCACACAUGUCUUCAACAUCAACUCAUCAGAGGCAAGCUCUCAGUACACAGUGAAAGGUCUCCAGCCCGGCACACGUUUAAAGGCCAAAGUUGUGGUGGCUACAUUUCUCAAACACCUUGGUAUGACCUUGAGGCAGAGACUCAGCUUUGGCUUUGAAACAGCUCAGUGCCCCCAUGACUGGUUGGCCACUGGGAGAAGCUGCUACACUGUAAGAAGGACAGGUUUGAGCUGGAGUGAUGCCCGGCACAGCUGCAGGAAGCUGGUAGCUGGAAGUAACCUGGCUGACCUGAAGACCCUGGAAGAUUUUCUCUUUAUAUCUUCUCGCUUGCUGAGCCACAACAACCUGCUGUUGCUGUGGACUGGACUCAAUGACCAGCAGGAAGAGGGACAACCUCUUUGGUCUGAUGGCUCAGUCUAUAACCUGACGGACACUAUGACGUCAUUACUGCCUGCCAAUCAGACUGACUGUUUUGCCUUUCAAAGGAAUGCCACAGGGGCAGGACACUUUCUGACUCCAUUCUUCUGUAACAUCCCCUUACCCUACAUCUGCCAGUACCAGAUUCCUCCAGUUGCUGCCUUGUUCUCAUUUGACCUGGUUCAGGUGGCAGAGCAUCAGGUAGAGCUUUGUUGGGGUGACCUCUCACCAUUGAACUUUCUUAAUCUGUCAUCUUUGGAAAUAUUCCUCCAGUACCAAGAGGAGGCAGAUGGAGAGUCAGGUCAAGGUGAAGCAGAUAGAAGCAGGGAGUCUGAGGACAAAAAGGGGACAUAUAGCCUGAGCAGUAUUAAAAAAAUUGCCAGGGUCCCCAUUUCUCUCUCCUCCAGAGGGGUAACUGUGGCAGGUUUAUCUCCAGGGAGCAUCUACUCUUUCACCCUUCGAGGCUCUCAUCCUGCUGGCUCCACCUGGAGCCUGGGACAAACACAGACUGCAUACACUAGACCUCUUCCGCCUCAAAAUAUCACUGUUGGCCCCAUUACUGUCAGUCAGAUUAGUAUCCACUGGAUGCUGACAGAUGCACUGUUAAAGGUUGGAUGGAUAUUUGUUGUGCGCUACGUGGACUUCUCUUCAAGACAAGAGAGGAUAGUUGGAAUGAGCAACAUCUCCAGCGUGUCAGAUACGAGUGGGAUGCAGUCAUACACCGCUGUGAUUGGAGGGCUGGAGUCUUACAGGAAAUACAGGGUUGAUGUUUACACAGUCACCCAGCAUGGGAUAGAGAGCUGUGGGCAAGAGCCUUUAGCUGUACAGACUGCAGUGAGGGCCCCUAGCGGUCUGGAGGUAACGAGCACGGCAGGAAAUCUGACAGUCUGCUGGACCAGUCCGCCUGAUGGCCCACCAGAUGGUUAUUAUUUGACAUACCACCCUCUCAUUGACCCCACUCCAACCUCACUGUGGAUAAACCAGUCCAGCCCUGGUGCAUACUGGGUAGAUGAGUCUGUGUGUGUUAAUUUGGGCACAUUUACUCCAGGUCAGACUUAUGAAGUUGAAGUGGUUUCUCUGAGGGGAAAGGAUAGGAGCAAGAGGACCAGCAUCGUACACACAACAGAUCCAUUGCCAGUUCAGGAAGCAGUCCCUCUUUCAGUGGGCACAAACUCUGCACAACUAUACAUCCUGCCUCCACAGCUGGGUCUGUUUGAUGGGGUGAAAGUGUGUGUAUGUCCAGGAGUGGGUGACAGUGCGUGUGAGGAAUUGUGUGGGAACACAUGUGAUUGGUACGCCCUCCCUGCUGGCGUUCAUAUCAUAACCCUUAGCAACCUCAGCCCAGGAUCAGAGCAUCAACUCAGAGUGUACAGCACCAGCAGAGAGCAGAUGGGACCACCUUACUGCACCCGCCCCGUUAGAACAAGUCUGGCUCCUCCUAACAAAGUGAGGGAAGGUGUGGUGACAGAUUCAUCCAUUGAGCUGCUUUGGGAUCCAGCACCAGGACAGGCUCACAGCUACGAGGUCAUCUGCCUCAACUGUGACCAUUCCUACAUGGUGCAGAAGGUGUUCAGUCGGAGUGCAACGUUUUCUAGUCUGACUCCAGGCAGACUCUACCACUUUGCAGUACGAACAGAGAAGGAGUUCUUCACAGACAGUUCCCCUGUCACCGUCAACAUCACUGCAGCUCCGAGUCCAGUGGAGGUGUCUCUUGUCAAUAAAACCACAUCAUCCAUAUGCAUUCGUUGGGGUAUGGUCAGGGGAGUUGCAAGCGGACUCAUCCUGUCAAUCAAAAACAGAACAUCCAGACAGGAGCUGAUCAUUUCUCAUCAGGAGGCCAGAUCCUACAGUUUUGAAGGCCUCGCUCCAGGGAGGCAAUAUACAAUUGAAGUGAUCAGUACCAGCAGGAAAAGAAGGAGUAAACCUACUACUCUGAUUCUCAAUACUAUUCCAGAAGAACCACAGGAAGUGGCUCUUUCAGAGCAGGCAGUGACGUCUGUGUUUGUCACCUGGAGACCACCACCAGGACAUCUGGGGGGGUACAAGCUUGUUUUUGGCCUGCAGUCUGUGGACAGGACAGCAUGGAUUGAGGUGCUUGUUCAGGGCUCACGUUAUGAGAUCAGGGGUUUGAUCCCGGGGUCAGACUAUGGUGUCAACAUUCAGAGUGUGCUUGGCUCAGACACCAGUCAAGCAGUCCACAGAGAGUUCAGCACACGCCCAGCAGGAUUAUGCGCCCUUCAUUUAGUCAACAUGAACUCUUCUUCUGUCUCUGUGAGCUGGGACAGUGCGUUUGGAGAGUUUGACUUUCACAGAGUCACAGUGGCCAACACCUCAGUCACAAACACACUCACUGUACCCAAGAAGGAGCGGGUUGCCGUGGUUACAGGGCUGGUGGACGGCUGCAGCUACAACGUGAGCGCAGAGAGAGUGAGGGGAGUGACAGCAGGGAGCGCUGCCUUUCUGACUGUAAACACAGUGCCAGCACAUGUGCGGGGAGUACGUGUCAUGAAUGUGUCUGCACGUGCAUUCUCACUACGUUGGGAGCAGGGAGUGGGAUGUGUGGAUCAUUACCAAGUCAACCUGCUACCAAACAAGGGAAAAGUCACAGUGCACCCUGCAUUUGAUGGAUACAUACAGGCCGAUGUGGCGAAUGUCAGUCCUGGGACACAAUACAGUGUAACGGUCACAGCAGCCUCCUCCUCCAACAUCAGCCCUGGAGUCAGUCGCAUGAUCAAUACAACUGAGGCUGUUCCAGUUCCUUAUGACCUAGUGGGAGAAGCUGUGGGCUCUAAUGGUAUUCUGCUCUCCUGGUCCAUGCCAACUGAAGCCUCUAUUGACGCAUACAUCAUCAGGUACAAGGAGGUGUGUCCCUAUCCCGAUCCCAACUUCACACAGGUGACCGCGUACCUGGACGUACCAGAGACCCUGCUCACUGACUUCACCUCAGGUUCUACAUACCACAUUGAGGUAGCAGCCAUAACUCCAGCUGGAACAGGAACCUUCAGCAAGUCUUUAUACAUAAAGACCGCUGAGUCCCCCCCCGGCCUGGUGACCAACUUAACAGCGUAUGCUCAGAAUCACACCAAUGUCAUGGUUACCUGGUUCCUGCCGCACCGCAUCAACGGACUCAUCAUAAAGUUUGCAGUCAAAGCUAAACACGCUCGUACUGGACAGACGGUCCGCACGCUGGAGGUCAAUGCAGAGGACAUCAUGACCGUGGCACUACCUCACUGCAAUGAUGCAGCUGAUAUCCUGUCCCGUGCGACUAUCAGUCCCUUGGAGAUAACAGCAUCUUCUUCACCCAUCACCCUCUCCGCUGUGCCCCCUGCAGCUUCCUGGAGUGUGCCCAUAUCAGUAGGAGUAGAUCAGCUACGACCUUACACUGCCUAUCUGUUCGAAGUGUCUGCCUUCACCUCUGAUGGAGAGGGACAGAUAGCCUCCACUAUGGUCCGCAUGCCAGAAUCAGUCCCGGAAGACCCACCACAAAACUUCUUUAUAUUGAAUAUGACAUCUAGAUCAAUUUCAGUGUCCUGGAGCUCUCCCAACAUCAUCACAGGAAGAUUCGCUUACGUAGUCUACAUUUAUGGACCUACAGGAUAUUUGUAUGAGAACAACACAUUAGAAAUGCGGUUCACCCUGAUGGGUUUGACCCCCUACACCAGGUAUACGUUGGCCGUGCGAGCCAAAGCUGCUGGUGAAGUGGGUCCAGCAGCGCAGGAAGAUGUGAUUACACCUCCCGAAGCACCCAGUGCAGUUCAGGACUUGGUGGCAGAAGCAGAGGAUUCAGUUUCAAUCCGUGUUAGUUGGAGAAUCCCUGCCCAGCCCAACGGUCCGAUCAUCCAAUACAAACUGCAAGUUCUGGUUGCUGAAAUUCUGCUGCAGGACAUCACCCUCACUGCAGAAAUGAAUUUAACUGGUUUGCCUGAAGAUGAGACACUUGCCCCUGAUGUCCAGAACAACCCUGGGCGGCGUAAGAGAACUGCUGAGCUCAGGCUGAUAACAUCACCGCCGUCGUUCACUGCCACUAUUUCCGAUCGCACACAGACCACUGGUGCAACUGCUUCCAGCCCCACACACUCUGGAGAAACUGGUGCUGACCAAAUCACUAACACUAAUGCUCAACCAGCUACUGACUCCAUGGUCACAGAAAACCCCAGCACCACUUAUGUUUCUGCUUCAGACACUAACAGCACAGAUAUUCAGUAUUCUCACUCUGCAGUUUCUGGGACCUCUGCAUUUUCCCUUACCUCUGUGCCUCCUGCUACACUUCCACCCUGGCUGACAAAGCAAUCACAUACUGGGGAUAUGACCUCAGACUCCUCCACCUUGUCCCUAACCCCAGGCCAGCUCCGCUUGUCCACACAUGAUGCAGCAUUUACAGGACACUUUUCAACACGCAGUGCGGCAGCUUCUGGUACGACAGGUGUAACAGUAAGAGAGGAGGUGAUGGAUGUUUUGUCUGAGGACUUGUCUUACCUGGUGUCAGAUCUGAAUCCCUUCACCGAGUACACGUUCAGGGUCACUGCUUCUACAACAGUGGGGGAGGGUCCUGCAAGAGAUAUUACUGAGAAGACCAGGGAGCAGGUCCCUAGCUCAGUGCUUGAAGUGUCCUAUCAAAACAUCAGCUCCACCUCCAUACUAGUGAACUGGGUCCCACCAAUCAACCCCAAUGGGCGGAUCACACAUUACACUGUCUAUGGCCUCAAACUGCACAAUAAUCAGGCUCUGAAGUGGGAAACUGACACUACCAGCAUUCUGAUAACAGAUCUGGACAAGUAUACUGGUUAUAAGCUACGCGUAGCUGCAUCUACAGCUGUUGGAGAGAGCUCUCUGUCUGAGGAAGAUGACAUCUUUGUUCUCACCUCAGAGGACGAGCCUGACUCCCCCCCUGUGAACCUCACUGUGGUUGACACCAGCCCCUCCACCGCCACAAUAGGCUGGUCUGAACCAGAACAAGCCAAUGGGGUGAUUCAAUAUUACGAGAUCCUGUAUGAGAACGAGUCCUACUCUGCAUUGAUGAACACGUCCUCUGACACAGUCACUCUGAUGAACCUGAAGCCAUUCUCCCACUACAAUGUGUCUGUGAGGGCGUAUACGCGUUACGGCCACGGCAACCAAACGUCAGAUAUUUUAUACCUGCUGUCCGGAGAGGAUGUCCCAGGCAGUCCUCCGUACGACAUUAUGUACGAGUCGGUCAGUCCCAGCGAGGUGAACGUGACCUGGCAGCCUCCUGUGCUGCCUAACGGGGUUAUUACCCACUACAGCGUGGAGCUGUGGAAUUCCAGUCACUACCUGAACCUAAACUCCACGACCAACUACAUCCACAUCAGGCAUCUGAAGAAGUAUGCAAAGUACCGCGUCAUGGUGCAGGCUAACACACGAGUCGGGCCCGGAAACUACAGCAGCGAGCCGCUCAACAUAACCACACUGGAGGAUGCUCCAGACACACCUCCUCAGUCCCUCCACGCCAGGAAAUUGUCAGAUUAUGAGGUAGAAUUAUCAUGGCAACCACCACUUGAAGCCAAUUCAGACAUACUCUACUACACGGUCAGAGUUUGGAAUGAAACGACUGAGCUGUGGCAGAAUGUGACAGGGACAUCAGUGGUUAUUAAUGUAGACUCAGAGAGUCGCUACAACGCCUCUGUCUCCAGCUGGACCAGACUGGGAGAUGGAGGAGUACUGAUUUACAUCAGCUUUACCACAGUUGCUGCAGAACCAUUUGACGCCCCUCAGAAUGUGACUUUUGCAAAUGUGAACGCCUCCUCCGUCACCUUACUGUGGCUCCCGCCUACUGAACCCAAUGGAAUCAUUGUGCACUACACUAUUUACUACUCAUAUAGAAACAGCACUGUGGCUAAGCAGAUGGUUCCCAUUUCAAACUUACCUGCACCUGCCUCUCCUAAUUCAUCCUUGUCCUACACUCUGACUCGGCUGAUUGGGGGCACCAACUAUACCCUGUGGAUGACCUCCAGCACCGUGCACGGGGACGGAGGGGUCCAGAGCGAGCCACUAACCGUGUUCUUACCGGAAGACGUGCCAGGUGACCCGGUCAUAAACCUGUCUGCUCAGAGCUUCGGCUCCACAUCCACCGUCAUCACCUGGGAACCUCCGCGGGAGCCGAAUGGCAGUCCCAUCUACCUGCUCACCUUACAGGAGGCCGGCCCCCCAGACCUAUCCAACCAAGGGGCUCCAGCUGUCAACAAGACCUCCAAGCACAACACAUCUGAAAAUAUCUUCCUAUUCACCAGACUCAAGAAGUAUUACCCUUAUGUGGUGACCGUUACCCCGUCAACUAGUGCCGGCAUUGCCUACAACCAUACCAGCACGAUUUAUAUAAGAACGGCUGAUGACGUUCCUAGUUCUACUCCAUUGCUGGUGUCCACCAAGAAUGUGUCAUCGUCCUCUAUCGAAGUGGUCUGGCAACGCCCUCUGGAGGCCAACGGGGAGAUAACAGAGUAUAGCCUCAAUCUAUUUGGCCCAGGGGGCAACGACAUAAUUCAAACCCCCAACACCUCAUUCAUCCUCAACAACCUACUCCCAUACACAGCUUACAACCUCACUAUUACAGCUGCAACGCGUAAAGGCUCAGGGCCUUAUCUGCAGCUGCAACUGCACACUGAUGAAGGAGGCCCCAUGUCCCCGCCCCGUAACCUGACUAUAUAUAACCACACUGCAGUCUCUGUGUGGCUGAGCUGGGAGCCUCCUCUGGAGCCCAAUGGAGUGGUGAUACAGUACGGCUUUAGGAUUCGGGACCUCAUCACACACACCGCCACGCACAGGAAUUCCUCUGGUCCGUCGACCACUGAGUAUCUAUCGGGCUUCAGGCCUCAUAGCUCCUACGAGAUCAGUGUUUACAGUUUCACUAGAGUGGGCCAUGGAAAUCAGUUCAGCAGCCCUGUGACCUUCACAACUAAUGAGUCAGUGGCUGAUGCUGUGGGGAACCUGUCUUGCUCCGGAGUGAGCUGGGAUUCAAUUCAGCUGUUUUGGGAACUUCCGGCCAACCCUAAUGGGCAGAUCAUUUUUUACGAGAUUGUAGUGGAGGUAGACUCACAGUCCUUUACACACGAGGCUCACACACCAGAUUACACAGUGACUGGACUGUCUCCAGACCAGGAGUACUCAGUCACUGUGGCUGCAGUCAACUCUGCGGGACCCGGAGACAGACUAAAUUGCACUGCUUCCACUCUUUCUGAAUCAGCCCCAGCAGCCCCUGGCUUGCUCACCAUCUCUGAGGUUACACCGAACAAUGUGACACUUCAGUGGGCUCCACCACUUUCUAUUCCAGGCCUUCUGAAAGAGUACCAUGUCAUUGCACAGCUGCUUUCAACUGUUUGUGAACCAAACACGCUAACUACUGCACAGCCAGCCCCAGAGGACGAACUGACAUCAGACUGUGUGGACUCUAAUGUCACAGUGUCAGUGAAUGCUUCGGACAGCAUCGAAGAGAACCACAGCGUCACACUCCAGUCCCUGGCUAAGUACAGAUACUACCGCUUCAAAGUGGCUGCUGUGACCAACGCUGGAGUUGGAGAAUAUACACACUGGAUUUACACACGUACUCUGACUGGAAACCCUGAUGACCCUCCACGUGACCUGAAAGUGACACCCACCUCCAACGGCCUUCGCAUUGAAUGGGUUGCUCCAGCUGUUCUCUCUGGACCAACUUCGUAUCUUGUGCAGGUGGAUGGUCCUGGUUUGAACAUCUCAACAGUCCGAGCUCCAGAUGAGUGGAAGACUGUUGUUGUGACUAACUUGACUGCUUUCACUCGUUACUUUGUGACCAUCACUGCCUUCACUGGUCCAUUGGAGCAUGCUGCCAGUGAUGGGAAAUCCAUCGGGCCUAUUGAAUUUCAAACACUGGAGGAAGAACCAAAAGACCCUCCCAAGAAUGUGACAGUAUCAGUUAUCCCUGAGGCAGUGAACCGUGUGAAGGUGACUUUCACCCCUCCAGAGGAGCCUAACGGAAACAUAACUGACUACUUUGUGUACGUCUAUGAAAAGGACCAGCUGGUCAAGAACAUCAGCCUUAAUAUCAUCCAAAGAGACCAAAACCAGCUGACUGCUGUCAUAGAGGGUCUAAAGGGUGGACACAGCUACAGCAUACAGAUUUCAGCAAAGAACGGGGCUGGUAGAAGCCCACCCAGCCCACAUGUCCAGAUAACUACAGGGAUCACAGCCCCAGCCAAGCCUACCCAAAGACCCCAGGCAGUGAUGGGCCAUGGAGGGGUUGCCAUGGUGACCCACAGGAGUAUCACCAUCCACAUCCCUGCCUGUUUCUAUAGUGACGACAACGGACCAAUCACAAAAAUCCAGGUCAUCGUGGCCGAGUCAGGGGUGAAAGACAUCCAGAACCUGACCAACUGGAAAAAUGCAUUUUUUCAUCCUGCACCAUAUCUGACUGACAAGGGGUUCCCCAACCCGCCAUGUUUUUCGGGAGACGGGGUGUUGCUCAGUGACACACACAUCAUAAGUAGACGCAGUGUGUCUGGAGGUGGUCGGCCGCUGGUGAGGACCAAUCACACUUUGCCAGGAACUUACGUGAUUGGAGGGGACGAUGACUGUACAAAGGAAAACCGCACUGAUCAACUCUGUAAUGGACCUCUGAAGCCACACACGGUCUAUGUGUUUAAGUUCAGAGCCACGAACGUCAAUGGCCAAUACACAGACUCUGAUUUCUCGGAGCAUGUCAAAACUGCAGUGGAUGGUCUGCUAACCAGAGAAGUUCAGAUCAUUCUGGGAGUUCUGCUGUCCUUCUUCUUGGCGAUGCUGCUCAUCAUCUGUGCUUUAGUCAAGGUCCAUCAGCGCAAGAAGGAGGGCGGGACUUAUUCACCCAGAGAGGCAGAGAUCAUAGAGACCAAGUGUAAAUUGGAUCAGCUGAUUGCUGUGGCAGAUCUGGAGUUGAAACAAGAAAAACUCAACCGGUACUCUUCCUUCUUCUUUAGGCGGAAAGAGAUUUAUGUGAUCCAGCUGCUCAGCUACAGGAAAUCACUCAAACCUGUCAACAAGAAGUCUUUUCUGCAGCACGUAGAGGAUCUGUGUGCCAAUGACAAUGCCAAGUUCCAAGAGGAGUUUUCUGAGCUUCCAAAACUGCUGCAGGACCUGGCCACCACAGACGCUGACCUGCCCUGGAACAAGUCAAAAAACCGCUUCCCCAAUAUCAAGCCUUACAAUAACAACCGAGUGCAACUGCUGUCAGAACCCGGCACUGCGGGCUCUGACUACAUCAACGCCAGCUUUGUGUCGGGCUACCUUUGUCCCAAUGAGUUCAUAGCCACCCAGGGUCCUCUGCCUGGCACGGUGGCUGACUUUUGGAGGAUGAUUUGGGAAACAGGGACUCACACCAUCGCCAUGCUCACGCAGUGUUACGAGAAAGGCAGAAUUCGGUGUCACAAGUACUGGCCAGAGGACAAUAAGCCAAUGUCGGUGUUUAGUGACAUUCUCAUCUCAAAAGUGUCAGAGGAGGUCUUCCCUGACUGGACUGUCAGAACGCUAAAAGUAGAAAAGCACGGGCACUAUAUUCUGGUUCGCCACUUCAACUACACAUCGUGGCCUGAGCACGGAGUCCCAGAGUCCUGCAGCACUCUCAUUAAGUUUGUCAAAGCUGUCCGAGGCCACAGGCACGACAACACCACCAUAGCGGUCCACUGCAGUGCUGGCGUGGGCAGAACAGGUGUGUUUAUUGCUCUUGACCACCUCAUUCAGCACGUCAGAGAUCACGACUUUGUGGAUAUUUAUGGCCUGGUGGCUGAACUGCGCAGUGAGAGGAUGUGUAUGGUGCAGAAUCUGGCUCAGUACAUCUUCCUGCACCAAAGUACACUGGAACUUCUUAACAAUAAAGGCAACAGUCAGUCCAUCUGGUUUGUCAGCUAUUCUGCACUGGAGAAGAUGGACUCCCUGGACGCCAUGGAAGGUGAUGUUGAGCUGGAAUGGGAAGAAACCACCAUGUAAAGACUGACUUAGGGACACCUUUGCCUGGAGGAGAGGAACACUUGUUGGGAGGCAACCUGUGCACAGACUGGACCGCCUCCACCAUACAAGGUUAGAGGGAUGAGGAGAAACAGGAAGCCAACAGCACAGUUUGAACUGAACGAUCUGUCAGUUGACUAAGACUUUGUUGCUCCACUUCAACUUAAUUCUCAGCACAGUCCUCUCUUUAGUGAAUCUCCUGUCCACUUGUUUUCAAAGAGAGAGAGAGAGAAACAAAAAGGACAGGGAGACAGGACGAAGAAUUUCAGAGGGGAAAAAAAUGACGUCUGUAAGCCUACAGGAACUUUGCACAAAUUGAUUUAACUGUGUAUUGUAAUUAUUUUAUUAUGUUGAUAUCAUCUAUGUUUUUGUAAGAUAAUUUAUUCAGCCAAAAUGGUGUUUUUUUUUUUCACUCUCUUUAUAAUUCUGACUAUGUUUAAGUGUCGACAGCAUUUCCAUUUUAUUUAUCCUCAAGAGUGAUUUGCAAAAAUAAAAGCAACUUGUAUUUUUUUUCUGGCAUUGAUACUUAAAGGCAAACUUCUAAACUUGUCAACUUGGACCUUGAUUUUGCAUCUAAAUGUCUAAUAAGGGGAACAUUUUUUUAAAAUUGCUCUAGUAUGCAGUAAGAGCACUGUAGCCUGUAAGUGUGAAACAUGCUGCAAAGGCAAUUGUGCGGCAUCAAUUUACAUCCACUAAAAAGGCUUGUUUUUGCCACUGACAGACUCAGAUUGUAAUUUUAAGUAUCUCAAACAUUAUGCAAAGGACUAUACAGAGAA